UUAGCUAGGAACUAUCUUAAUGAUGAUCAUCAUCAUAUAUAAGCUUUCUUCUAGCUCCUCUAGAGUUUGUAUAACAUCACCCAUUUACAUCCAGAGUUUUCAGGUUACGAAGAAGUUCUCCUCCUCAUCGAUCAAACUGUGUCUUUCUCUCCCUCUCAUUUUCUAAUUUCUUUUCCAGUGGAAGCAGUUAGUGAGUAAAUUUAAUAAAAGCAGCACAGACUACUGGUAAAUUUAAUCAUGGAAACAAGGGGGUUUAUUACCACCGACGGAGCGCCCGCAAAGGAAGUUCGUAUUUCUAUAAGGCAGCGUAGUUUUAAUUACGCCAAAUGUUAUCAGACUACAGAAUAUGGCAGGAACCUCGAACAAUAUCGACUUUUAUUAGAUGCUGCAAUAAAAGAUAAGUGGGAGUCAGUGGAAGAUUUCAUAAGAAAUGAUCCCAGUUCAGUGGAAGUUCCGAUCACAGUAUGUGGGAGGACUGCAUUGCAUAUUGCAGCUGGUGCAGGACACUCAAAAUUCGUACUAGAACUGGUCAAACUCAUGUCCAUAGAAGCACUUGGGUUGAGAGACAGCUACGAUGGUAAUACAGCACUUCAUCUUGCUGUUAUUGCUGGGCUUGAUGAAGCUGUUAAAGCAAUGGUGCAAAAAGAUACAAACUUAGCACGUAUAUGUAAUGAAAAUGAGUUGAAUCCGCUACUCAAUGCUGCUAUUCAUGUCAGGGAAGAGCAUGAAGAUAUUAUUAGAUUCCUCUGUGAUGAGAUGAAAAAUGGAGAACCAAGUUCCUUUCAAGGUCAUUUGGGAGCUCAACUCAUAUGCAGUGUUACUCGUGCUGGUUUAUACGAAUUGGCCUAUAAUCUAAUCCUUGAACACCCAAGUUUAGCAACUGCACGAGAGGACGACGGCAACACUAUCUUAGACGUUCUAGCAGAAAAGGGUCCGAUUUCAAGCCUGCCCUCUGUUCGACAUGGAGAACUGUCUUUCCAUUCAGAUACUCAGCAGUGCAAAUUCAUCGAUAAGACACCUACGUUACUGAAAGUUCUACUCUUUCUCGACCCCGGAUAUCAAGCUUAUCACACUAAAAGAUUGAGAUCUUCUAUUAUGGUGACAGAAUUGGUUAAUACAAUUUUUGAAGAAAUCUCGCACAUGACCAAGGAAGACAUGUACCAUUUUUUCUUCGGCUCUAAUUUCCUAAAAACUGCGGCAGAAAAGGGUGCAAUUGAAAUUUUAGAAAAGUGCAUUUCAACGUAUCCCGAUCAGCUUUGGUUUCCUCACGAGGGGAGAAACAUAUUUCAAAUAGCUGUCGAGAACAGACAAGAAAAAACCUUUGAUUACUUGUACGGUCACAUGAACGCAGAUGAGAAGAUUUUAACUACUCGAACAGUGGAUUCAAAUGGCGGUAAUAUCCUACAUGUUGCUGCAAAAUUUGUGCCUUCUUUUCAAAUUAAAGGUGGUCUACGCAGUAGCCCUGUUUUUCAAAUGCAAAGUGAGAUUCAAUGGUUUAAGAAAGUGGAGAAGAGGGUACCACCUGCUUUAGCAAAAACGAAAAAUGAUCAAGGAGAAACUCCACAAGAGGUUUUUACACGGGAGCACAAAGAUUUAGUCAAAAACGCUGAAACAUACAUGUUACGUACAGCCGAAUCAUGUCUAAUAGUGGCCGCUCUGGUAGCUACAGUUGCUUUUGCAGCAGCAAUCACAGUGCCUGGUGGAAAUUUCAGUGACAGUAAUGCAACCAAUAAAGGAAUGCCAAUAUUCUUGGGAAAUAAGUCAUUUCUUGCGUUCAUGGUGGUAGAUGCUAUAGCUCUCUUUUCUUCGACUUUUGUAAUUCAAGUGUUCUUAACCGUCUUUGUUGGGAGUUAUAAUGCAGAAGCAAAAUUUGAGGAAAUAAUGCCACGAAGGCUGGAAUUCGGUCUUGUAUUUCUUAGGAUAUCUGUAGUUAGUGUGACAAUUGCAUUUAGCAUAGCACUAAUGAUGCUUGGAAAUAGUUAUCCAUGGGCUCCUUAUGUGAUAUGUGGGGCAGCCUUUUGUAGUUGCGGUUACUCUCUGGGUUUUAUUUCAGCGGUAACUUGGAGAUUUUGUUUUCUUUCAGAAAUGUAAUUUGGAGAUUUAUGGUUAAAAUAA